AUGGCCAUGCUCUGGGCCAACAUGACGGGCCUGUUGUGGCACCCCACGACGAGCUCCACCUCGUGCAGCACUACACUCACUUCGACUCUCACGUCGCCUACAUCUUCCGCUCCUUUCCACUCAUGGAUCCCAACCACCACUUCGUGCACCACUUCUUCGCUCGUUGCGCUUGGCACAGCCAGCAGCAUCCGCAUUUCGUUGACAUCCAGCGCAUCCUGGACAACUUCGACUUCCACUACUCCCUCCGCUCCGUCGAUCAUAUCACCGCAAUCCAGCUUUCUUCGCACUUCGUCGUCCGUCGCUUCUUACAGCCCAGGCUCCACAGGCAAGACCGCUACAUACAGCGCGUCCUCGACUACUUCACUUCACUCGACUGCUUCACUUCACUCGACCGUAGACGGGACCCCUCUCACAUCCUCCUCCAUCGCGCCUAGCAGCAUCAGCAAUACCGCUAUUUCCAGCACUUCUGCCGCUACUCCGCUGCCUGGAAGCAACACAAUCAUCGCUUCUUCCGCAACCUCGGGCAGAGACACAGUGAUUCCAUCUCAGUCACCCUCCACUCAGCCGUCUUCGAGUACUCCGGCGCUCACGCCGUCGAAGGGCAGCUCUCGCAGCUCCUCUACAUCUGAGCUGCCAGCUAGCGACAGCACCAGUCAAUUGCCGAGUGCUUCUGGCGGAGUCACGGCCUCUUCUUCCCCUGGAUCUGUUGCCACUGCUCCGUCAACAGGCGGGACUGCGGGCGGUACUGGUUCCUUCACUUCAUCUGGAAGCGCGCUCUCCACUGGUCUGUCCGGCACCUCGGGCGGACCUACAUUCACGUCUCGUGGUUCACUCACCGAUUCAUCUCGUGUUCCUUCCGCGACGAAUAGCCAAUCCGGGCCGCCCUCAAUCGCUCCGCCUAUCGGUUCUUCCGCCACAUUGAGCAGAGACACAGUGACCUCAUCUCAGUCAUCCUUCACAGGAUUGCCAUCCGCCAGCUCAGCCGCCGGUGCCAGUGUUUCCAGCCGCGGAUCUCUGACCAGCGUUCCAUCCAGGCCCACUCGGUCGGAGUCGUCUUCAAGUGCUUCCACAGUGAUUCCGUCUCAGUCAACAGCCGGCGGUACUAGUGCCUCCACAUUCAGCUCCUCUGCUGUCGCACCAUCGGCAGAGACAUCCUCUGGCAUUCCGAAUUUCACGCUCAGCAGGACGACCACAUCUUCCGGCAUCAGCCUCCUGCCUCCAUUCAGCCUGCCCUCGCCCGGCUCCAGCGCCCCUCCGCCUGGCUUAAGUCUGUCUCUACCCGGCUCCAGCGCCCCUCCGCCCGGAUUCAGCCUGUCCCCUCCUGGACUCAGCCUGCCUUCGUCCGGCCUCACUCUGCCUUCACCCGUCCCCGCGUCCACCACCGCAUUGACGAUUCGCCCACCUGGGAUCACCCUGCCGCCUACUGGACCGUCUCCCAUUACGCUUCCGCCAGGUUUAUCUACUUCGACAACGUCCAGCACAUCAGAUGACAGAUUCUUCUGGUGGAAUGGCACCAUGUUCACCUACACCGGCACAACCACAUUCCCUCCUGUUGCUUCUGCCACUGGCACCAUCACAGAGCCUCCAGCUAGCGUUACCACAGAAAUUGUGCCAUCUCUGUCAUCGAAUCAAUGGUACACGACCAUCAAGGGAGGAAAGCACACUGUGGUGCCGGUAAUUUGGUGCAAGAAAUGCGGUGGAGGAGUCAUCAUCUGGAACUUGUGGCCCAUUCCGCGGAACAUCAACAUCGACUUCCACAUACAAUUUCCCAAGCUGCCGGUUUUUAGGGUCGAUUGCUUCAGGAUCUUUGGCAUUCGCAUAUGGGGAGAUUGCGGCAGUCCCAAGACUGUUAAGGAGGACCCCGACGACCCUGACGAUGGCAAGAAUCCUCCACCCAAUCCCAAGCCAACGAACGAUCCAAACAGUACGGCGAAGCCAACAAGCGAGGCUCAGUCGAGCUCUGAAUCACGGAGCGAGUCGUCCUGCACAGCCAGCAUGGUGACCAAUACGGCUGUGACAUGCGUACCAACGACCUCUGGCACUCGAACAUCAUUCAGCUGUUCAACCUCGAUGUCAGCUUUCAGCGGCUGUACAGUGACUGGGACUGCGACGACUACAACCAAGUCCGCAACCCCUACGCCGUCUUGGGAAUCGUCCUUCUGUGACGCUGAUGGUGCAUGCUCUGGCGAAUGUCCAGCGUCCGAGGCGCCCAAGAGCAAGAAGCGUCAAUUAUCCGAGGCGCCCAAAAACCAGAAGCGCGCUUGGGGUGAGUUCGCCGACUUUGAUAAAGCCAUGGGGAACAGUUGGAAUAGAGCUGCGGUCAGGGUGCGUCAUCGCGUCAGCAAUGGGAUGACCCUGAACGGCAUUGAUGGCAAGCCUAUGCCUGCGAGGUCCGUCCACAAGCGCUGGAAGUGGCCUCCUCUUGACCCGAGUAAGCCCACUCGCGAGGAUGUCCGCUUUUGGCUUCGUGCGAGACACGCUGCUGCAGAGAAUGGCGAGCGAGUGGCACCAUAUGGAGUUUCUUCUGCUGACUGGGUUCCAUUCAACGACGAGUACGUUGACAUCGCCGUGCAAGGCUUGUAUGGAUGUACCAGCAUCAUAAUCGUGUCAAAGCGAGGUGCCUGGAUGUCUCACAUAUUUGAGCUGCCCACGAUGACGCUUGAAGACUUUUGGACCGACCUUGAUCCGGCCAUCUUUUACGGCGAUGGCAGAUAUCUUCAGGGACUCAACGACCUUUCUAAACCUGGUUCGAUUUUCGAUCCCGCUACCAGAGCCGAUGAUGACUUCAAGAUUUUCAUCUUCACGCCCGACGAUUCGCCUCGCCGCCGUGGCGCUCCGCAAGAAUGGUGGGGCGAUGGGGUUUAUCAAUAUCCUGAACGGGUCGAGGAGCUGAAGAGCUUGAUGAAUCGUCGCUUUGGCGUUGAGCCCGAUGUGCAUGCAUAUUACCGCCUACGACCCGCCAUGUCGGAUGAACAAACAAAUUGGGCCAUCGGUAUAGCCUCAAAGGACGAUCUGAAAAACCUAUGGGAGACGACUUCGAGUGGCCAUUACUAUCUCGAGUACAAUCCUAUAGCCGAAGAAGACAACAGCGACCAGGACGAAGACACACCGAUGACAGAUGAGGAUGGCAAUGAGUGCAAGAAGUACAAGGUUGGUUAUCGGCUUUGGGUCGACAGCUACAAGAACCCUACCUACCACGGCAAGCCAUACGCCGAGAAGGUUUGGACUCCACUGGACUUUCAAGUCUAUGAGUCCGACAGCGACAUGGGUAGUGACUCUGACAACUCGGACACGAUGGCUUUGUACUCCAACAAACCCGGCAACAAGACUUCCAGAUACUUCAGCAAGGCAGGCAACAAGACCUCCGCCUGCACCAAGAAGCCAGAGCUGGACCUCUGUCGCUGGGAGAGUUGUGCCAAAUCUUGCGUACUCAUAACCGGCCCGUCUCGAAGUGCAAUUAUCGCGCGAGCCUUCUCUUCUGUCGUCUCCUGGCUCUCAAAUCAGCUCCACUCUCUGCAUCUCCGCCAGCUGUGGAUCAGCCGAGCCAAGACGCCGCAAGACUACUUAUCGUACGCGAACUUCAUGACCGCGGAGUGUCGCCUUGCGACAAUGUCGCUCCAGCUUGACGGCGGUGAUCUGGGCGACGGUCACGGCAUGCGAGGACUUUCAAGCUCUCGAGUCGUGUCAUUCGAGGAUAAGCCAGCUUUCAACUUCGUCUUGGAAAACAUGUUUGGCUGCACCUCCCUGAUUGUAAUAUCUCGAAAGGGAUUUUGGAUCUCGCAUUUCUGGGAGGACAAGAACUUUGAAAACGAGGAACUCUUUCAGAAGGAAAUCUUGGAACAGAUGUGGACCGGCCGUGACGCGACUUACGUCGGCCUCAAUGACUACAAGAAUCCUGGUGGGAUACUGGAUCCUGACAACGGAGUUCAGAUCUUGAUUCUCGGGCCUCGAGAUUUUCCAAGCACUCUGGAACAGCUUCAAUCAGGAGUUUGGCCGGCAGAACUCGAUCACAGGCACACGAGCAAGUGGCAGCGGAUGAUCAGUAGUCUCAGGGCGACCUGGCCCAAUGCCAACAUCCUUCUGGAAGGCUAUGUUGCGCUUCGAGCUUCGAAACUCUGGAGUACCGUGCAGCAAGCCAGAGUUGUAUCGCCUAUGACCAAGGAGCGUCGAUGGGCCCUCUUUGCAACGCGCGAAUAUGGAAAGAUCCUGAUCCAGUGGGAUCCAAAGAUGAUCGAGGCCAACGAACAGUGUGAUCGCGACUUUGCAGGAUACAAAGUUUGGGCAGAUGUGCCCUAUCCACAUCUCAUAGAGUCCUGGGACAAGGAUGGCCUCUCACCUGGGGACACAAAGUCUCGUCGCGACGGCGCUUGUUCUGUUCCUCCCGUGUCGACAUGGAACACUGCUGCAACUGCUGCUGCUCCACCGCUUUCCCCCUUCACCACGGUACCGUACGACAGUGCAGCAACUGCGUGGACCUACACUAAUGAGCCGACUUCCUCGAAUGAAACCUCAACCAGAUCGACUCGGAGCACAUCCUCCUCUUCGGGAAACUCCACUUCGUCGACAUUCUCAAGCACCAUCACUUCGAGCAGGACUGUGAGUACCAGUUCCAAGUUCAGCUUCGCUCCAAGCACAACUUCAAAGCGACCUUCAUCAACCGCCGCUCCCAAGACCACCGCGCCUCCCAAACCCGUCUCCUGCGAAGUCCUAGGCCUGGGCUCGAGCAGCACUUAUUGCCAAUGCGACGGAAGCCUCCUCGUCCCAGCGACGACACGCACCGCCAAGAACGGCGACACCAGCUUCGAUUGUCCACUUCAGAGCACCGUGGUCUCUGGCGCCGCCGUCUCCCACCCUACGUGGGGUUUUGGCCAAGAAGGCCUCUCAACUGGAGCUUGGGGCAUCUCGGUGCCUUAUCGUCGCUACUGUAGACGUGGCACUAUGGGUGGCACGCUUGUGACGAAGAAGGUUGGGGAGAUGAGGAGAACUUAUGAUUGUAUUGUAUCUGGGGCGACUAUGACUGCCAUUGGCAGCAGUCCGGGGAAGCCGAAGUUGAUUGAGGGUGUUUGA